AACACCUCAUUUUAUUAUUUCUAUAUAUCUCUUCCUAUCACAUCCAUCUCAUGGGGUGCAACUGCACCCCUUACCUUAUUGUCCAGUCAGUCCGGUCCUUAUUUUUUAGCUGAUCAAACUUGCUUGCUUAUGAAUUUCACUCAUACUACGACUCCAAAAUUAUCUGCAACGAUGAAUUCAAUCACAACACAACAUAGUCAAACUUUUUACUUUGUCGUGUUUCAUUUGCCUUCUAUUGUCUAGUCUACAAUACAUAUUUCAAAUUUGGCUGCACAUGAUACUUUGUAUAAACUGAUAAUGUUAUCAUCUAGUUUCAUUUCAUACCUUUUAGUUUUACACUUUUUUUAAUGGAGAUAGUUCAGGAUCUGCAUCCACAAACUACUGCUACUACUACUACUACUACUACAGAGGAAGUAAAAGAGCACCCUCAACAUCAAAGAUUCAGAGAUUACAAAUGGUGGAUUCGUGUAUCUCUCUACAUAGUAUUUCUUUUGGUAGGUCAAUCUGCAGCCACUCUUUUGGGAAGACUAUACUACGACAAAGGUGGUAAUAGUAAAUGGAUGGCAACAUUUGUUCAAUCUGCUGGAUUCCCUAUACUACUUCCACUUUUUUUUAACUUCACACCACAUGCCAAAUCUACUAACAUAAACAUCAAUGAUUCCUCCAAAAAAACCAAACCAAAAUUUUCCACCCUUGUUCCCCUUUACAUAUUUUUUGGCUUGCUUUUAGCAGGGGACAAUUUGAUGUAUUCCUAUGGACUUCUAUAUCUUUCACUUUCCACUUAUUCUUUACUAUGUGCAACACAAUUAGCCUUCAAUGCAGUAUUUUCUUACUUCCUAAAUUCCCAAAAGUUCACAGCAUUCAUAUUCAAUUCUGUAGUCCUCCUUACGAUGUCAGCUUCGCUGCUCGCAGUCAAUUCCGAUUCUGACGGCUCAACGGAUCUUCCUAGGCAUAAACAAAUACUUGGAUUCCUCUGCACUCUUGGUGCAUCUGCUACAUUUUCUUUAUAUCUUUCCCUUGUGCAGCUUUCUUUUGACAAAGUUAUAAAAAGCGAAACCUUUUCUGCUAUCUUGAACAUGCAAUUUUACCCUUCUUUUGUCGCUACUUGUGUUUGUGUUGUUGGGUUGUUUGUAAGUGGAGAAUGGAAAAGUUUGAAUAAGGAGAUGAAGGAAUAUGAAAAGGGAAAAAUGUCAUAUAUAAUGACUUUGUUUUGGAUUGCUGUGACUUGGCAAAUAUCUUCCAUUGGUAUGAUAGGGUUAGUUUUAAAUGUAUCUUCAUUGUUCUCAAAUGUAAUAGGUACAGUGGUACUGCCUGUAGUUCCUAUCCUUGCUGUUAUUUUCUUCCAUGACAAGAUCAAUGGAGUAAAGUUUAUAGCAUUGAUGUUAGCAAUAUGGGGAUUUCUUUCCUAUAUUUAUCAACAUUAUAUCGAUGACAAAAAAGGCAAAGCAAAUAAAGCUCAUCAUCCUGAAGUUUCAAGGGGUGAGGUAGAAAUUUGCUGAUGGAAAUAGACCAAAUUUUUAUGAAGCUAUAGUAAUUUGGUUUGGAAUUGAGUUUGAGACAAAAGCUAGGACAAUGGUUAUGUUGCUGCUUCAGAUUUGAGAAUUGUAUAUAUUUUUUUUGUCCAAUUACAGCUUUGAAUUUUUUCUUUUAGAAAACACCUUUGUAUAUUAUGACAAGCUGCCUUUGAAUAGAGAAUUACUAGGGUAAGAGCAUCAUACUGAUGUCAAAGACAGAGGACACAAAGAACAACAACUUAUCAUAUAUUGCUGUGGAUUUGGUAUUA